AGUUUCACUUCUGCUCUUUAAAAGCCUUUUAAAUCUCUGUGAAGCAAAUGCUCUUGGUAACAGAGAAACAGUGAUAUCAGAUGAAAGAAAGAGGAAGGAAAGAAGAAAUUCUUAAAUAUUUUCCAAAGGAAGAGACUCUUUACAAUCAGACAUGGAACGGGGUUACAAGAUUGCCACACGUUUAGGAAAUAAAAAAGACUUGUGUAUGUUUCUAGCCCUUCAUAUGGAGAAUUCGCCAAUGUGUGUUAGCCCAUCUGAAAAGUUCAAUAAAACUGGGAUUGUUGUGUGUGAGUCAGACAAAAUACACAAAGUGGUAGCAAUGAGCUGCUCCAGAGAAAACUUACAUGCUGUGCAACAUGUCAUGCUGAACGUUCCCUGUUCUUUGAGUAACUGCACUGUGUAUUUGUCCAGGAAACCCUGCUCCACCUGUACUACAUUUCUCAUUCAAGGAUCAGUUUCUUCAGUCUAUUACUGGCCAAUGUCUCCAGAACUAAAAGGGGAAGAUUCAGCAGUUGAGGAAGAUCUCAAGCAAGUUGACCAAAUGUUUCUCAGAAGUAAUAUAAGUAGCAGUGUUUUUCUGCCAAUCGCAGACUCUGACACUGUAUUUAAGAUUUCAUCUAGAAUCAAAAUAUACAAGUGCACAGAAUGCAGUUCCCAUUAUGCUGAGGCUGUCCCUAAAGACAUGGAAAAAAAUAGUUCAUUGCUUAAUAUGCAAGGCCAUAUAAGGAUAUGUGCAGAGCAGAUGAAGAAUUCAUUGUGUUGCCUUGAUUGUUUACUGCAUUGUCCCCAUGGAAAAUUUGAAAAAAAAGAAAAGAUUGAUGUGGAAAAAAUGCACACACAUGCAUUGCAGCUUUGUUAUCUUUUAGCAGCAAGAUCUGAUGAUCCAGAUCGAGGUGUGGGUUGCAUAUUAUACAGUCAGAAUGGAUAUUUUUUUGGGGCAGGUUAUAAUGGAUACCCCAUUGGUGCAAUAUUUGCAAACCUGCCUUGUGCAGGUAGAAACGUCAAAAAAGAGUCAGGAACAGCAAAAGGACCAGUCCUUAUCCAUGCUGAAGCAAAUGCUCUACUUUUCAGAGCUCGGAAGAAUCAGGAGAUCAAACUGAAGCUGCUGCUGAUGGAGCACUCCCUUUGA